UCCUAUCCUUGGUUUUUUUUCCAACACACGACUCCACAAAAAAAAAAAACAAUCUCCUUCUACUUCUCCUUAGAGCCACAACAACAAUGGCGUCUCUUCUCGCAAACGGUAUCUCCUGCUUCUCUCCACAACCCACUUCCGAUUCCUCAAAAUCCCCAAAAGGGUUUCACCCAAAACCCGAAUCCUUGAAAUUCCCAUCUCCCAAAUCCCUAAAUCCAACGAGACCCGUUUUCAAAGUCAGAGCCGCCGAUGUUGUUGGAAUCGAUUCUCGUCCCAUCGGAGCUGAAUCAUCAGGUACAUCAACUGUUAGUUCCACUGAUAAACUUCAACAGUAUUUCCAGAAUCUUGAUUACGAUAAGAAAUACGGAUUCGUUGAAGAUAUCGAUUCCUUCACAAUUCCUAAAGGUUUAUCUGAAGAAACGAUUCGUUUGAUUUCGAAAUUGAAAGAGGAACCAGAUUGGAUGCUUGAGUUUAGGUUCAAAGCUUAUGCUAAGUUUUUGAAAUUGGAAGAACCUAAAUGGUCAGAUAAUAGAUAUCCUUCGAUUAAUUUCCAGGAUAUGUGUUAUUACUCUGCUCCUAAAAAGAAACCAACUUUGAAUAGUUUAGAUGAAGCUGAUCCUCAGCUUCUUGAGUAUUUCGAUAAGUUAGGUGUUCCUUUAACAGAGCAGAAACGUUUGGCUAAUGUUGCUGUUGAUGCGGUUCUCGAUAGUGUUUCGAUAGCUACUACUCAUAGGAAGACUCUAGAGAAGUCUGGUGUGAUCUUCUGUUCCAUAUCGGAAGCUAUUAGGGAGUAUCCGGAUUUGAUUAAGAAGUAUUUAGGAAGAGUUGUGCCUAGUGAUGAUAAUUACUACGCAUCUUUGAAUUCUGCGGUUUUUAGCGAUGGGUCUUUCUGUUAUAUACCGAAGAACACUAGAUGCCCGAUGCCUAUUUCGACUUAUUUCCGGAUUAACGCGAUGGAGACUGGUCAGUUCGAGAGGACUUUGAUUGUUGCAGAGGAAGGGAGUUUUGUUGAGUAUUUAGAAGGGUGUACUGCUCCUUCUUAUGACACGAAUCAGCUUCACGCUGCUGUUGUUGAGCUCUAUUGCGGGAAAGGAGCUGAGAUCAAGUACUCUACGGUGCAGAAUUGGUAUGCAGGGGAUGAACAAGGUAAAGGUGGGAUUUACAAUUUUGUCACCAAGCGUGGUCUUUGCGCUGGGGAUCGUUCCAAAAUCUCAUGGACUCAGGUUGAGACAGGGUCCGCGAUAACUUGGAAGUAUCCAAGCGUGGUUUUAGAAGGUGAUGAUUCUGUUGGCGAGUUUUACUCUGUGGCUUUGACUAAUAACUAUCAGCAAGCAGAUACAGGGACCAAGAUGAUUCACAAAGGAAAGAAUACGAAAAGUAGAAUCAUUUCAAAGGGAAUUUCAGCUGGGCAUUCGAGAAAUUGUUACCGUGGUCUUGUUCAGGUACAAUCCAAAGCUGAGAAUGCUAAAAAUACAUCGACUUGCGACUCAAUGCUUAUCGGGGACAAAGCAGCUGCUAAUACCUAUCCUUACAUCCAGGUAAAGAAUCCAUCGGCGAAAGUAGAGCACGAAGCGAGUACCUCAAAGAUUGGAGAAGACCAGCUUUUCUAUUUCCAGCAGAGAGGAAUCGAUCACGAGAGAGCAUUAGCAGCGAUGAUCUCUGGUUUCUGCAGAGAUGUUUUCAACAAGCUACCUGAUGAAUUUGGAGCUGAAGUUAACCAGCUUAUGAGCAUCAAGCUUGAAGGAUCAGUGGGUUAAUACAAAACUCACAAUUACAGAACAGUAAAAGAGGUGGUCUUUGUGCUUCUCAAUAAAGCUUUUCUUCUGAGUAUUUUACUAGUUUCAGUCUGUAAAACUUUGUAUUACUGUAAUGUUUUGAUAGUUUCAUGUGAAUCUUGUGAAAGGUGUUUGUUAAUA